UCCGUGUAGACUAUUUCUAUUUAUGGUCAAUUGAUUGGCCGGUGAAGAAGAUAUCAAUCUGCAAAAUCGAUCACCAAUUCCAAAUUAAGACUAAAAUUUGCUAAUUAUAGAGAGUGGCGUUAGAAAUUAGUAAUUAAGAGUCUCAUGUUUCCCGUCUCUUUUGUCCUAGCCAUAUCCACUGCUGCUCUCGCAUCCUGAGAGAGCAGCCAUUCAUCCAAAUACCAUUUCACCACCCAAACCCACGCCAAUGUCACUUUCUCCAUUCCUCCUCCUCCUCCUCCUCCUCGCCCUUGUUGUCUCUUGCUGCGCCCAUCAACAACCCGGCGAUGACACUACUACUUUUACCAAACCGGAUGUCAAUGAAAACAGCAACCCCGUCGGAGGAUUGUCGAACGCACUCACGGUCGUCAAAACCAGGGUCGCUGUAGCGCGUGAGUUUUUAACGGCACACAACGAAAUUCGGUCACGCUUCCAAGUGCCACCUUUGAAGUGGGACAGGAAGCUAGCUCGCCAAGCCCGGCGAUGGGCAAACCUACGUGCCGCCACUGACUGCGACGUUCACAACCACUCCGGCAGUGGUUACGGGGAGAACCAGUUCUGGGGGUUUCUUGACCACUGGACACCAACGAAGGCGGUGCAGAAUUGGGCUAGCGAAUAUGACUUCUACGAUAUCAAGUCAAACCAAUGCAACCCCAACCAGAAAUGCGGCCACUUCACCCAGAUUGUGUGGCGGACCACCGAGAGGAUCGGCUGCGCUCGUGUUGAGUGCAAGUGCAGCAAAGGAGGAUGGUUCGUGGUUUGUGAGUAUGACCCACCGGGAAACUAUAUUAGCUCCGGUCCUCUGGAUGGAGGCAACUGAUCUCCUCCUCCCACCACCACCACAGUUUAGGUGUACUC